AUGGACAUUGAGCUAGCUGACUGCUGGAUGACCCCGAUAGUGAAGUAUUUGGAACACAACGAGCUCCCAGCUGACAAAAACGAAACACGCCGCUUGAGAGCAAGAGCCGCCAGGUUCACCAUAUAUAAAGGCCAACUCCUUAAGAAAUCAUUCUCUGGUCCCUACCUAAAGUGCACAGACCCCAAAGAGGCCAAACGUGUUCUCGUCGGACUCCAUGAAGGCGAAUGUAGAAACCAUGCAGGGGGACGCAGCCUGGCUCACCGAGUGAUCACUGCUGGGUACUACUGGCCAACUAUACGCACUGCUUCGACUGCUUAUGUUAAGAAGUGCAACAGUUGUCAAAGGUUCGAGAUACCGAAGGAAAUCGUCACCGACAAUAGAUCCCAAUUUAUCAGUUCAGGCUUCAGUUUCUGCGACAUGUGGGGGAUCAAGCUUAGCUUCUCCACCCCCUGCAACCCCCAGUCCAACGGCCAGGCCGAGUCAUCAAAUAAAACCAUCAUACAGACCUUAAAAAAGCGAUUGCAGAAAGCAAAGGGUGCAUGGGCAGAUAAGCUACCCGGAGUCCUUUGGUCCUACCGAACUAUAGCUCACUCGUUAACAGGCGAGACCCCAUUCUCCCUCACAUACGAUUCUAAAGCGGUCAUCCUGGCCGAAGUAUCAGUUCCGUCCACUAGGCUCCAAUGGGCAGACGAGGAAACCAACAGCUAG